GAAGCAGUAAACCAAAAAUACUGCUCGUGAAGAAACAUGGAUAGCCUCUCAAAUGCUUUCGCCGUCCUGCAGCUUGACGCCGAAGACGAUAGUCUGCCCUCCGCCUCCGCCUCUUCUUCAUCUUCUGCAUCUAGUAACUCCGGUAAAAGUACAGACAAGAUAAAUGGCUCUGGUGAUGUAGAUGUAGGGCAGGCCAAACAUGUAGUGCAGGGCAAACAUGAGAAACAGAGCCAACAAAGUUCAACACCUGCGAAAGAGUACAGAUUACCCCUUGUGUGGAUUGACUUGGAAAUGACUGGUUUGAAUGUCGAAGUUGAUAGAAUUUUGGAGAUAGCUUGCAUAAUUACAGAUGGCAAUUUGACUAAAUCAAUUGAGGUGCCAUGCAUUUUUGAGUUCAAAAGCAUGCUUCCAUUUUUUAAGUGUUAGUUUGAGUUAUUGUUGAUUUUUUCCUCCUUGUCCUGUGCUUGCUAUUUCUGCUGUGUCAAAUUGAUAAACACAUUUCGAAUACUGCUAUUGCAACCUAAUUUCAUCAUCCCAUGCAAUUGAAAAUGUGGGCUAGUUAAGAUUUGUUGGACUCAAGCACUUCGUUGAUUAAAAUAAUUUAUUUCUGCUAUGUUAUUUGCACUUCAACAUGAACGUGCAUUUUUCCGAACUAAAAAUAUCAUUGGAAAUGCAAUAUUCCCAUGUUACUGGUGUUGGUCUCUUCUCUUUCAGGGUCCUGAUUUGGUUAUCCAUCAGUCAAAGGAGUGUUUGGAUAGAAUGGGAGAAUGGUGUCAAAAUCACCAUGCAGCCAGUGGGUUGACGGAGAAAGUGUUACAUAGUACAAUUGGUGAAAGAGAAGCUGAAAAGCAGGUUAUAGACUUUGUUAAGAAACAUGUUGGUACAUAUACACCUCUUUUGGCUGGAAAUUCUGUUUACAAUGAUUUUAUCUUUUUAAAGGUAAUAAUGGUACAACUCAACUCUUAUGACUUUACUGAUGAGAAUUGUAACAAGUACCAACUACACAACACUUCGUACUUUCAUACCUUCGUCAUCAAUAAUCUAGGUUUUGCAUGAGAGUCAAUACCCAUGAUUUCAGAGCUGUUAACUGAUCAAGAAAGUGUUUGGUUAUUUCAUCAUAUUAAUUAAAGCCUUACUACUAUUUAUUAAUAUUCUUCCCACCAACAUGAUGAAAAACAAACAACAAAGGUAUCUUGCUUGAUAUUCUUAGCUUCUCAUACACAUCUUUCCUUAUUUUAUUACUGUCAAAAAACAUCCUAAUGAGAUUUUUCUUAACAGAAGUAUAUGCCCGAAUUGGCGAGUCUUUUUUCUCAUGUGCUUGUUGAUGUCAGCAGUGUGAAGGCACUAUGCAUUCGCUGGUAUCCAGGAGAUCAAAAACGAGCUCCCGCAAAAGAGAAUAAACAUAGAGCCAUGGAUGAUAUCAGAGAGAGCAUCAAGGAACUCAAAUACUACAAAGAGAAAAUAUUUAAGGCCAAGAAGUGAUGAAAAUACAGGUGGAAUUGACAUGGAUUGCUUUUGGAGACUAGAAUUGCACUCUGGUGAUAUUAUUCAUUGAGAAAGAUUUAACCGUGCAAUAUGCUUGUAAUUUUGAUACUGUAAUUAUAUUAAUGUUCAAUGCCUGAAAUCGGCAUCAUAAGCCAUAAAUUUCUGUCCUUACU